AUGGCUUCCUUCGAUAUCAAUAAUGUCCAAUCCUCUUUCCCGGCACUACAACAGGACCAAGUCUUCUUUGAUAAUGCGGGCGGAAGUCAAACUUUGGGCACCGUCAUUGACUCCAUAUACAAAUAUCUGACUACCAACAAUGUUCAGCUUGGUGCUAGCUACCGUGUUGGUAAACUGUCGACUGAGAAAUACAAUGAUGGCUUUGCUGCCGCUGCCAAAUUCAUAAAUGCAAAGGAAGACGAGAUUGUAUUCGGCUCUGCAACAACCCAGCUAUAUCGCAACUUGUCAUACUCGCUACAAUUCCAAGAGGGAGACGAGAUCGUCAUCUCCAGCAUUGAUCAUGAAGCCAACAUUGCGCCCUGGGUAGAUCUCGCCUCUCGUGAGAAGCUGACCCUCAAGUGGUGGACACCAGCCAAGUCCAAUAACCCCAAGCUCCUCCCCGAGGACCUGGACGCACUCCUAAGCCCCCGGACCCGGUUGGUGACGUGCACCCACACUAGCAACAUCUUGGGGACCAUUACGGACGUGCAAGCAGUCGCCAAAACGGUCCACGACAAGGUGCCCGGGGCUCUGGUCUGCGUCGACGGCGUGGCGUAUGCGCCGCACCGUCCGCUCGACGUGGCCGCCCUCGGCGUCGACUUUUAUUGCUUCUCGUGGUACAAGGUGUACGGCCCACACAUAUCCAUGCUAUAUGCGUCGCGGAAGGCACAGGACUCGGGGGCCAUGCGGUCGCUGGGCCACUUUUUCAAAAAGGGCGAGACCCUCGAGGAGAAGCUCGGCCUCGCCGGCGGCUCCUACGAGCUACUGCAGUCGGUCCCCGCCGUCCUCGCAUACCUGGGACCCGGGACCGGAUCGGCAACCUGGGACGGCGUCCGGGCGCACGAGGCCGAGCUGCAGCAGACGCUGCUCGAGUACCUCAACGCGCGCAACGACGUCACUGUGCUCGGCGAGACGAGCGCCGAUCCGGCCGUCCGGGUGCCCACGGUCAGCUUUGUGGUCAAGGGCUGGAACUCCCAAGAGCUCGUCGAAAAGGUCGAAAAGGACGGCAACUAUGCGUUCCGCUGGGGAAGCUUCUACUCCAACCGCCUGGCCCAUGAACUGUUGGGCUUGGAAAGUGACGGGGUUGUGCGGAUCAGCAUGGUGCAUUACAACACUGUGGAGGAAGUCAAGGGUAUUAUAAAAGCCAUCGACCGAGUCAUAUCGGCAUGCUAA